AUGCAUCGUCUGAUCUCGCGCUGGAUAUGUGGGUGUAUUUACUUGCUAUACUGGGUCUUCUCAUGCUCGGAGGCAAAGAAAUUAGUCAAACAUGAUGCCAGUUUCGUCCCAGGUAUUGUCCUCCGAGUCACCAUUGAUACUAUCAAGCUGGAUUGUCAGCCUCGCCUCUCGACACUGAUCAACGGCCAAUAUCCUGCACCGCCGAUAUACCUCAAACCUGAACAGACGACGUGGAUUCGAGUCUACAAUGAUGCAGAUGUGAACACAACGAUGCACUGGCAUGGGCUAUCAUUGUCCGCUGCGCCAUAUGCUGAUGGAACGCCACAAGCUUCGCAAUGGCCUAUCCCGCCCGGGCACUUCUUUGAUUACGAACUUCACCCUAAUGCCAGCGAGGCUGGGACGUCCUUUUAUCAUUCCCAUGUUGGAUUUCAGGCUAUUACUGCAUCGGGGCCUUUGAUUGUGAUGGACUAUCACGCCCCACCUUUUGAAUACGACGAAGAAAUCAUUCUCCAGAUCGAAGACUUUUACCUCGAGGACGACCACACCAUGGAAUCAUGGCUGACGGGCUCUCCCAACGUCUGGCCGGGAGACCCGACCGCGCUGAUGAUCAAUGGCCACAGCGGACGAGGGCUGUACGCAUCAGCUACCAACGGGGUUGACUCCUCGUGUGAACCAUGGACAAUGAAUGUCUUGACCGGCAAGAGAUAUCGAGUCCGCGUCAUUGGGGGCACUGCCCUAUCCCUGGUACUGUUCGGCAUCAUUGAUCACGACAAUCUGACCAUAAUUGAGACCGACAAUUCCUAUGUCAAUCCCGUCCAGACGUCAUAUAUGCAAGUAGAUACCGGGCAAAGAUUCAGUUUUCUGUUGGAUACUAAGGAGCAGAACGAGUUACAGCGAUUGGAAGGCCACUCAAAGUUCUGGAUUCAGUUUGCGACUCGCGAAGGCGCAAGUUCGGUCUACGCAUACGCGAUUCUCAAGUACUCCGACAUCGAUCUGACGCAGGGAGUGGACGCGGAUGGUGCUUGUGAUUAUCCGACUGGAGCUUCUAUGUGGUGCCCGGGUAGUCCUCCUUCAACCCCAGUCUUAGAUUUACCCACAAAUGUGACCGAUUGGCUUGAGUACACUUUCAGGAAUCCAGCCCUGCCUGGGUACGACAAGCCGCCGAACGACACAGAAGUGACCCGACGGAUAAUUAUCAACACUGCGCAGGAGUUUGACAAUGAUUUGGGGACUACGGUAAUGACAAUGGGUCGCUUGUCUUGGUUCGACAGCUCUCCUCUCGGGCCAUCGAAUGAAACACCAUAUCUUGUCGAAAUGCUCCAAAAUGGCACUCUCAAUGGCCAUGUCCCAGACCUCCGAACCAUAGAUGCGAGUGGCGGCAUAGAUCCGUAUUCCUUGACUUAUCCUGCCUGGAUUGGCGAAGUCCUCGAGAUUGUAUGGCAGAAUGAUGCAUCGGUUCCUGGCGGGAUCUGGGGACCCCACCCCCUGCACGCUCAUGGUGGGCCCUACUGGGAUAUGGGAUCUGGAUCGGGGUCAUGGUCAGCCGAAACGCACGCAGAACUAUUGCGAAACCACUCCUUCAACGGGAUGCCUUACCCUGGCUCCCGCCGCGACACAACCCUGCUCUACAAGUAUGCGCUACAAGGUCAACCGGGGUUGACCAACGGAUGGCGGGUCUGGCGUGUCCGCGUUACGGAGAAGAAUGUUGGGGUCUGGAUGAUGCAUUGCCAUAUCUUGCAGCAUGUCAUCAUGGGCCAGUCGACCGUAUGGGUAUUUGGAACGCCAGAUGAGAUCAAAUCGCAUAUACUGCCAGUCAACGGAAGCUUGAAAGGGUAUUUCACUUACGGCGGCGAUGUUGUUGGCAAGACCGGCGAGGAAGAGCGGAGGAUUGCGCACUUUUUCGAUGAGUAG